AUGAACAAGAAGCUGCCCUGGGAUCAGGUGGUCUUCAGCCUCACGCCCUCGUCUGGCUCCCUGGCGCCAGGCGCUACGAUGCUCGUCGUAGCGUCUUUCUCGCCGCACGAGGGGAAGCUGUGCUCGGGCAGCCUGGUGCUUCGUGUGCGCGACAAUGCCAAGAAGAAGGUUAUCCAGGUGUCUGGCCGCGGAGACCUGCUGCGCCUCGACGUUAGACCCACCAGUGUCUACGAACUCGGGCCUAUCAUGCCCAAGAAGCAGGAGGCACAGGAGGAGCUGGUCCUGUACAACCCGACGGACUACGCCAUCGAGGUUUACAGCGUCGAUUUCGACAGGAUGUACCUCGAGGAGGAGCGCGCCCUGUUGGAGUUCGACGGCUACGAGCCUGGCUUCGAGGAAGUUCCAGUGCGUUACCCGGGCGACGGCCUAUGGAAGAAGAUCGCGAAGCGGGUAGUGGCGCUGCGCCAGGGCGCUUCUGCUGAGCUGGCGAGCGAGGGGCAGAUCGUCGACAGGGCGGAAGGCGAAACGACGGAGGAGGUCACUGGGGAGGAGGAGUGCGUGAGCCCAGAAAGACAGGCCAUCGAGGAAGCGGCGGACAAGGACUUCGAUGAGGGCGAAGACCGCGUCGAUCCCAUGCGGCCGCCGUACCGCGUGCCCACGGCGGACCGUGUCAACGCACUCAUCUUUGGGCCGCCCAAGGCGGGGCUGAGCACACUGGCGAAGCACCUGGCGAGCGAGGAUCAUCGCAAGGUUCUCAAGUUCGAUGACGUCAUCGACUGGGCCGUCAGAUUUCCACGCUUCCUCGUCAGCGACCGCGUAGCCAAGCGGAUUGGUGAGAAGAUCAAAGGCAAGGAGCGUCCGACUAUUGAGGAGGCGGCGCAUCUGCUGCGGCGACGCACCGAACUGGCCGACUGCAAUGCAGGCGUGAUCGUGGACGGCUUCUACAGCGAGCACCUGCACGCUGGCCAGGUCGUCGAGGCAGUCCUGGAGGCGUUCCGUGGCCAGAGCACGGUCGUGAUGGCGACGAAGUUGCCCACCGCAAGCAGGGAGCGCCAGGACAGCCUCUCGGCGGAGUCCAGCCGCUCUGGCAGCAAGACUGCCGAGGAGCCGCAGGGGCCGAGCCCGGCCGGGGCCCUCCUGCGCAGGCACUACGAGGCCCUGCGUCCGCUGCUCGCCGCCCGCGUGGAGGAGCUGAAGGGGUCGCUGCCAGUCCUGGAGGCCGCUCUCAGGGCGGCCGAGGACGAGAAGGCCGCGCGUCUCGCGGCAUCGGUGGCCGAGCAGGCGUCGGCGGAGGAGGCCGAUGAGGCGGCUGCGGCGCCAGGGGAGCCCGCGGACGAGGAGGCGGCGGGCAGAGCUUCCAGCGCCGCGGAGGAGACGGACGCAGCGGCCGCCGUGGCCGAGGCGGCCCAGAAGGUCGAGCAGGCCAGGGGAGACCUGGCCUCGUGCGAGGCCGCGCUCGCUUGGAAGCCGCCCCUCGCGCCGGGCCAGGUGGCCGAAGAGGUCGCCGCGGCACCGAAGGCCAAGGCCAAGGCGAAGGGGAAGGCCGCGCCCGCUCCCGCGGAGGCGCCUCCGGAGCCGCAGGCCGAGGCCGCAGACAUCGCGGUUGAGCACCUGGUGGCCACCUACCUGGACCAACAUGUCGUGGCGAUGGGUGCGGUGGUGCAGUUCAACACGCGGGCCCGCCAGGAGGAGGAGGAGAGGCAGCACGAGGCGUUCAGGAGGGCGCGCGCAAAGGCGAAAGAGCGCGAGGCAGCGGCCGCCGCAAAGGCGAAGGCGGCAAAGUCCCUGGGCUCGUCCGCCAGCGCGGCGAAGAAGAACAAGCCCGCGGCCGAGCACGACGGUUCGGCGCACGAGGACUUCACGCCAGACAUGGACAACUGGGUGGACCCGGUCUCCGCGAGGGAGCUGCCGCUCUGCGAGGCGCCCUUCGAGCUGCUGUUCGAGGAGGGGCGGAGCGGCCUGCCAGCGGCGCGCAUCCCAGCCGAGCCGCCGCUGCCCGCCCCCUCCGUUGUGCAGGUGCUCUCGAGGCCCGCGCAGCGGGAAGCGCGGGUGCCGCCGCCGAACUUCAAGAUCCUGACGCCUGUGCCCGCUGCCACCUGCGGCUCGGAGCGGCCGAGCUCUGCUGCCCUCGGCAACGCCGUCGGCGCUGCCUCGCGCCCAGUCUCCAAGGUGCAGGACGAGGUGCAGGGCAAGCGCCCCAGCCAGCAGUCCUCCCAGGACGAGCCCCAGAAGCCGACGCUGGUGCCAGACAUCACGCGAUGGAUAAUCGAGCCGCUGAGCGAGCAGCGGCUUGUCGUGCACUUUGCUUCAGAGGAGGUGGGUGUCUACGAGUCUACGCUGAACUUCGAAAUGGUUGGCGGCAUCGCGUCUGGGCCCAUCCCCGUGAGAGUGACUGGCACGUCUGCGCUGCCGGCAGUCAAUUCUGACACAAGGUUCAUCUUCCCGAGGCAGAAGAAGCGGAGGCCGCUGGACGGCUACGCGGUCAAGACCUUCGUCACCUCGCUGAACACGUAUGACUUCGGCCCACUGCUCGCCGGCCGGGACCCAGAGAGCCGUGCCGGCGCCGCCGACGACGGAAGCCCCGCCGCCGCGGACGGCGAUCCGAAGCCUGGCUCGGCAGGCAAGGAUCCGAAGUAUGACAAGUUUUUGUCGAACCACGCCGAGACGAUUAAGAUCUCGAACGAUUCGCUGUUCCCAGCUAGUAUCCGCCUCAGCCUCGUCUCGCAGGCUGAGGAGCAGAAGGAAGAUCCGGCGCCGCCUCCGCCAGAGCCGAAGAAAUCUGCCAAGGGCAAGGAACAGCCCCCUCCGGUUGUGGAAACGCCGUACUGCCCAUUCAUCAUUGAGCCGUCUGUGCUCCAGCUCGACGUUGGCGAGCAGGCAGAUGUGCGCGUCUGGUGCUUCCCGAAAGAGAAAGGUGUUCUCGAAGACACGCUGCUGGCCAUGGUGGAACACAAUCCCGACCCUGUCACCUUUUCUCUGUGCGCGUUGGGCACUGAGCCAAUUGUCAUCUUGGAGACCGAGGAAGUGGACAUGGAGCGCCUGCUGGUCAACUGGCGUGCCGAGGAGCGCCGUGUGCGCCUCAAAAACGCCAGCUCCCUACCCACCGCGUGGCAGCUCGUCUGCGACGAAGCCCAGGUCAAAGAGUCGCCUGAGCCAGUCCAAACUGGCGGCGCCAAGGGGAAGGCUGUAUCCAAGGAGCCGUCCAGAGGCAAGGCCCCUGCCGCUAAAACGGAAGGCCUCGUCAGCCGGCAGGUCUCCGAGGACGACGCCCCUGCCAUCCCAGAGGAGUUCCAGGUUGAGCCAUUGAAGGGCAAGCUGGCGCCUGGCGAGGAAUUCGAAUUGCGCAUCAACUUCAAGGCAGCGAGGGCCAUGGACUUCAAAUGCGGGCUUCGCCUGGAGUGCAAGGACUGCGAGGGCUUCAAAGGCUGGGAGUCGGCGGGACGUUUCACCGUGCACGCGGAGACAUUCGAGGUGGACAUGGCCAUCGAGCCCGACCCAUCGACCUCGAUGCUCGACUUCGGCACAGUGCUCGUGCACUCCUCGGUGGAGCGCACCUUCGAGAUUGUCAACCGCGGCCGUUUCGCCGCUCGCUACGAGCUGCAGGUGCGCAAGGCCCUGCGCGACCUGCUGGUCAUCGACCAGGCGCAGGCUGAACUCGCACCUGGCGCGCGCCGCACCGUGAAGGUCACCUGCAUGCCUGUCCGCGUUUACGAGUCUUUCAUCGACAACAGCGGCAUAUCGGCCUUGGUUUUCGACACGGUGACGGGCAAUCAGGUGGACCAGAAGCUCCCGCCCGUUCGCGUAGGCGUCACAGCCGUUUACAAUCAGUUCCAGGUGACGCCGCCGCGCAGCGUGAACUUCGGACCGGUCGAGAAGGGCGAGACUGUCACGAGAUCUUUCAGCGUCCGCAACAUUGGCUUGUUUGCUUUCGACUGGGCGCUAUUCGACCAGGCAGAGCCGCCCGCCAUCGGCGAUGACGGAGCACCUGUUCUGCCCAAGGACGCGAAGGACGGGAAGUUGAAGGCCGGGCCGUUCACGGUGAGGCCGUGCACUGGCAGCCUGGAGCCCGACAGCGACGCGCAGGUGGAGGUGACCUACGAGGCCCAGGGCGACGAGGACUACGAGUCUAGGCUCGGCCUGUGGGUCGACGGGGUGGACUGCGCGGGCACCGAGCAGAGGGUCGGGUCCGCGACCCAGCCCGCCAGCACAACGAUGCAGUCUUUCAAUGGCGUUUUUGGCGGGCCUGGGGGCGUCGGCGGAGUCGAGGGUGCGGCAGCUUACACGCUGACGGCCAAGAGCUGCAUCGCGGGCAUCAACACCAAGGACCUGCACACGAUCUUCGAGGAGCAGUUCUUCAGCAGGAAUCUGGAGGACGCCAUCGCCAUUGCGGGCCGGGUGGACGUGCGGGUGUUCAGCGAAUCCGACAACAUCUUCCAUUUCGGCCCUGUGGUCGCGCACGGCGGCAGCGGGACGCAGGCUGCAGACGUAGAAGAGAAAGGCGUUGUGGAGCGUUUGAGGCUCUCCAAUCCGAAGGCCAUCCCUGCCAAGGUCGUCCUUUCAGUGAAGUCAAAGGAAGAAGCAGAUGCGUCUGCCAAAGAUAAAGGCAAAAAGGGUGCUGGCGAGGAUCACUGUGCGUUUGAGGUAUCGCCGAAGGAGCUUGUGAUCCCGCCGCGCGACUCCCGGCAGAUCGAGGUGAGCUUCAGACCCAACAGGAUCGCCACCUUCGGGGCUCUGCUGGAGGCCAAUGUGAUUGGCGGCACCGAUCCUGCGACGAAUCAGCUUGCAUUUGAGCUGCGCGGCGACGGCGCCUUGCCCUCUGUGAAUCUGGUGGGCCCCGUCCUCGUCGGCGACAACGGCGUCAGUGCUUUGCAGAUGGGCAGUCUUACGGUCGGCAAGCGACACGAGGUUCGCAUGGCACUCAGGAACAGCGGCCUGCUGCCAGCCACAGUGCGGGUCGACCUUGCCUCGACGCCGCAUUUUACAGUAGCGUGUCCCUACAGUGUUUCGCUGGACAAGGGCGAGGAGCACACGUUCUCAGUUUGCUUCCACCCGGCGCAACCAGGGCCAGCGAAAACGGAGCUGAACAUCCGCACCUUGGGCAACCCAUUCGAAGACUACUCGGGGCCCCGCGCCAUCCAGGUCCUUGGCGAAGGUUUCAGCGACCAGGUCGCAUGGGACCUCCACGAAGCCAACGUUGCGCAGGCGCGGCCGGCCGAGGGGCUUUCCCAGGUGUCUGCGCCAUCGCCGCCCAACGACCUCCAGCUCGGCGAGGUCGAGGUGGGCCAGGAGGUCCGCGUCACCUUCCAGCUUGCCAACAACACCGCGCAGCCCAUUCGCUUCGAGAUGCCCGAGUCUGCGCCAGCGCCGUUCGGAGCACGGCUGACAGUGCAGCCGUCCACCGGCUUUGUGCAGGCUGGCGCUCAGCAGCCGGUCGCUCUCACGUUCAAGCCCACAGAGAAGCUGGAGGCCAAACGUGUGCCUCUUGCUUGCAAGACCUUCGAGGUGGAGAUCGAGGAUGAGGGCGCUGACGGUGGUGAGCCCAAGUUCAAGGAGCUGCCGGGCACGAUGCGCGAGGUGCCCCUGGUGGUGAGCGCAAUUGCGGAUGUGCGUAGUAUCCAGUGCGAGACCAGGGAAGUCAAGUUCUCGGAAACGUUGAUGUUCAAUACGAAGGUGCACCGAUUCACCAUGCGUAAUCUUUGUGGCAUUUCUAUGCCCUUCCAGUGGCAUGUUGAGGGCGACAACGGCCACGCCUUCUCCGUGGAGCCCUCUUCGGGCGUGGUACCCCCCAAUGCCGAGAAGCAGGUGGCUGUGCGCUUCGCACCCCUGGAGGUGGAAGACUUUGGCGGUGCCAUCGUCUGCAAGUCUAUCGCUACGUCUGACUCAGGGGAGCCUCCAGCGAUCCUGCGCAUCCCGGUCUCUGGCUCAGUUCUGCGACCCUGGUGCCGUGUGGAGCUGGAGUCUUCAGACUACCCCUCCAGACGUUUGGCGGACUCGCCCCUGGAUCCCAAGUGUCGGGUCUGCGAGAUCACCAGCCUCGGCACGAACGUCAAGAACGUUAAGCGCUUUUACGUGUCCAACCCCACCAGCGAGUCUAUCGAUUUCAUUUGGCAGAAGGAGACCCCGACCGGCCCAUCGACCGCUGCUCAGGCCGAGGACGAUGACACGCUCCGCUGCCUCACGAAGCGAGGCACAAUCUUACCAGGCAAGAAAUUUGAGAUGGCCUUCGAGUUCGCGCCCUCAACGGUCGAGACGAAGGAGUCGUUCUGGGUGUUCAUGCUCGUCGGGCCCAGGGUUGAGGAGCACUUCUUGAUCGCAGGCACCGUGGAGCAGCCGCGCGUUGGUUUCGACCGUCCCCACAUCAAUUUCGGCGAGCGCCUUCUUGGAGGUUCAACUCAGGAGACCCUGUCCCUCGUCAACAAAGAGCACAUCCCCUUCAGUUUCAGCAUCGACCCGUCGAGUUUCCAACUCGAGGGGCAUACGCAGGCGCUCUCGAUCAAGCCUCUCAGCGGCGUCGUGGGCCCAAAUUCGAGCCUGAGCCUGCAGGUCACCUUUGCUCCAGAGGAGGAGCAGCCUUUCAACUUCAAUGUCGUCUGCAACGUGAAACGGAAAAAGGACCCCGCCAUCCUGAACGUGAAGGGCAUCGGGUACAAGAUCCACGCGUCGCUGGCAGUGGAUGAGCCGGCUGGGCGCCGUGCGAUUCAGCCUGGCGUCGUGGAAUCAUUGGAUUUUGGCUUGCUGCAGGUGCACGAGCGGCGCACAAUGAAGCUCUACUUGAGCAAUGACACCAAUCGGAAUUUCAACUACAGGUUCCAGAUGAAGUCGGGCGCGCAGCGUCGCACGAUUGCCAUCGGCGACCCUGAUCAGCCGCCGUACCUGGCCUUCUCGAACCUGCAGGGCGUUGCGGAGCAUCAAGCGGAGACCCCGAUCGAGAUCACGUAUGCGCCGCGUGACGCCCACUCGCUGGACGGCAGCACGCUGCAGGUUAUGGUGCCAGCUGGGCCGAGGGAGGACCUGUUCACCCUGAAUCUUGGUGGCUCCGCCAAGAAGAGCCGCGUGGAGUUCUCCUUCGUCAGCCACGACUUCGGGCCCUGCUUCGUGGCAAAGGGCGGCGCCACGGCCGCUGGCGAGCCGCUGCAAGAUGCGGCGGACCAGGGGCAGGAACGGGUGGAGCUGGUCUGCACAAACCGGGACGACAACGAUAUCCACAUCGCCACGAACUUCCAGCGAGAGCCAUGGCUGGACGUGCAGCUUCACUCUGCCAUGGUGGAGGCGGGUAAGUCCAUCCGCAUUCCCAUCGUCUUUUCUCCGAGGGAGGUAUGCGAGUAUAUGCAGCGGAUCGAGUUUUCGAUCAACGAGUACACGCGAACUGCGGUGGACAUCCGUGGAAGGGGCUGCCCGAUGAGGCUGGAGGUUGCACAGGCCGAGAUGCAAAACGUUGAUUUCGGCGUCGUCACAGGAGGCGAGGUGCCAAUCAAGGCCGUGAAGCUCGCGAAUCGCUCUGCGCGCCCGGUAUCAUUCGAGCUCGUGGACGAGAACGGCGAGCUGGCCGAUCGGACAGUGACGUGGGUUCCUGGCCCGGGGACGACGCAGACCCUGAAGCCGAAAGAGAGUUGCGAGGUGGAGCUGCGCUUCGCGCCGACCUAUAGUGUCAAGCCCUUCAGGCUCCCCCUCUACGCCCGCUGCAACAACGGCGUAGAGGUGAAGCUGCUCCAAGUGGCGGGAACCGGCCACUCCACGGAGGUGCGUCUGAGCGAGCAGUCCCUCUUCUUCGGCAACGUGGUCGCCGGAUCCCAGGCGUCACGCUCGAUGCGGCUCCACAAUUUCGGGGACAUUGGUGCUAAGUUCCGGUUCGAAGUCCCAGAGAAAUACAGCACUGUCUUCAGCGUGUCUCCCUGCGAGGGUUUUGUCCGGCCGCAGGAAGAUGUCUCGCUCACCGUGACGUUCUCGCCUACGGUGGGUCGCGCCCAGGCCGCCAAACGGACCAGCAAGAGCCCAGGCCGUAAGUCUGUAGCAGACGCGCCCAAGGAUGUGGGCAUCAGCACUCGCGACAUUCGCUGCGUGCUCGACGGACAUCCGCCACUUACGCUGGAGGCCAGCGGUCGCUGCGUUUCGUUGCCUGCGGAGUCCAAGGCUCUGGAGUUCAGCACAGAAGUGCGGACAAAGACGCAGAGCAGCAUCACCAUCAACAACCCGACAGAUUCUGACUGGAAGCUGUUCCCUCAGGUGUCGACGACAGAGCCGUUGGGCGAGGCUUACUUCUUCUGCCCCAAAGAAGUCGUCGUGCCUGCGGGCAAGCAGAUUCCAGUGGAGGUCACCUACAUGCCUCUGACGAUGACCGGCGACAAGGACGCGGCGGGGGCGCGAGGGGCACCCGCCUCGAGGUCGGAAAAGCAUCGCGGCACCAUCUUUGUCGGCACGCCAGAUGGCAGCGCCCUGUCGUACACCUUGGAGGGCGUAGCACUGCCGACAAGGGCGAACCAGCGCUUGGAGGCGCAGGUACCUUGCAAGAAGCAGCACGUACAGAAGGUCCCGCUGAAGAAUUGGCUGCACUCCAAGCAGCGUUUCGACGUGAAGGUGGACCUCGUGGACCCCGCUCCUGGCACGGCGGCUGCGCAAGGGAUCACCCUGCAAGGUGUCAACACCCUCGACUUGCCCGGAGGCGUGGAGCGCGAGUACAGGUUCAACAUCUACGCCUACCGCGAGGGAUCUGCGCUGGCGAGCGUAAGAUUCACCAGCCAAGAGACAGGCGAGUACAUCAUCGUAGACGUAGCGAUCAAGUUCUGCGCUCCGGAGAAGCUCGCCACCGUCAGCCUGGAGGCAGCCUGCCGCCAGACGGCGCGCCACAAGAUCGCAGUCGCUAAUCCCCUCGACACGCCCGCCACGUUCUCGGGCAGCUGCUCGAACCCGUACGUCCGCUUCAGCCCAGACUCGUUGGAGGUGCCCGCGAAGGGUGAGAAGACAAUAGACCUGCUCUUCAGGCCUGUGGAGGAGGGCGAGGGCGAGGCCGAGGCAACCCUGAACAGCAACGAGCUCGGCACGUACCCGUACAGAGUGGCGUGGAAGGCCAUUCCUGCGGGCUUCGAGAAGACGAUGGUGCUUAAGGCCCCUCUGGGAGGCUCCGCCGUUGAGCAGUUCAAGUUCUUGCACUUCGCCAAGGUCCCUGUCACGUAUACGGCCACCGUGGGGCCCGCGCCCGGAGGCAAGGGGGACAGUGUGGGAGACUUUGUGCUGGAGGCGAAGGACGUGAAGGCCGAUGCGUGCGACUUUGGCCGCGCCGGGCUGCCGUGCGAGCUCGCGGUGCGGUACACGCCCUCGUCGCUUGGGGAGCGGAAGGCAGUGCUCACCGUGUCCGGCCCGGGGGGCGGGGAGUACAGGGCGCUGCUCACGGGCUUCGCGCAGCCGCCGCAGCCGCAGGGCCCCAUCGCCAUUGUCAACGGCAAGCAAGGAACCGUGGAGUUCAGGAAUCCCUUCGACGUCGCGGUGGAAUUCUCCGUGAAGGUCGACAACCCGUGCUUCACCGUUCCCCAGAAGGUGGUGAAGGUCGACACCCAGAAGAGCACCAGCAUAGCGGUGACCUUCAAGUCGGACAGGAGCCAGAACGGCAGGCUCGUAAUUUCUUGCGACGCUACGUCCACGCCUUGGGUCUUCUUCUUGAAGGGAGACGUGUGA